CGCGGUUUCAUCAGAUAGGGUCGGUUGACACGGUUUGCAAGAGUUAAUAGCUCCGUUUGUAAAUGGAAAUGUUAGCAGCAAGGCUAACUGUGUGGAGGGGGAGGGGGGUAGACGAGCGGAUACACUCUGAAAUUAAUCGGUAAUGGCGUGUCUAUACGCUUUGACACCUUCACCGUUAUUAGUAUGGAGCGAGUACGUGUGCUGUAAGCUUCAAAUAUAGAUUUAAUGUGUUUUGCAGACGGUGCAACUCGUAAUGAGUGCGCACUAAGGCCAGCGCGUGAGGAUCCGCCGACUGCGUGCGGGGAUUUUCUGAUUCAUCGUAUAGCGAGUCAUGCUGCUCGCCAUUUUUAAUUAUUACGGCUUUCUUUUCUGUUUUUGGCUCGUACCCUGGCGUGGUCACGGCGAUAACACAAAGUCCCUGGAACGUGUUUGUGAUUUGUGACUCGCAUCGUUUCAGACGUUUGAUUUUUGAGCCGAAUUUCGUCCAAGUUCUGCAGUGCACGUGUGGGGGCGUUUCUGAUGCUGCUGUGUCCAAAGGCCCUCAUCGAGACCUCACGAGAUACAUGCAUAUCCACACACAUCGUUACAGUUUACCGUCCUGAGAAUGCACUUGUAAAAAUUAAAGUACCAUGUUUCUAUUAAGCAUGCUGGUUGGCCUCUUUUGACUACGAUGUUGCAAGCAAGAUCAAGAUUAAUAAAAUAUGCGUUCAACAUUUUUAUUGGAAAAAAGGGCCAAACCUGCUUUGUCACUGACUCAUGUUUUUGAUGAUCAUCUUGCUUCAAUAUAUACCAUAAUACUUCUACAUCUGGGCAUUCUAAAUUAGUGGUGUUGUUUUUAUGUGAAAAGCACAGUUAAUGUGCUUGUGGAUGCACGUUUUUACCUGUUGCACAGUAAAUUUGAGCAUACUGAGCAGCACUCAAAUCACAGCACACUAACAUGAGUUUACCAGAAGUUGUAGCUGGGGAUCCAGAUGAUCCUCCAAGAAUUCCUCAGAAUCCAGUUAUCAAUGGGAACGUGGCCAUGGCGGAUGGACACAACACUGAGGAGGACAUGGAGGAUGACACAAGCUGGCGCUCUGAAGCCACCUUCCACUUUGUGGUGGAGCGCUUCAGCAGGCUGAGUGAGUCUGUGCUCAGCCCACCCUGUUUCGUGAGAAAUCUGCCCUGGAAGAUUAUGGUGAUGCCCCGCUUUUACCCAGAUAGACCUCACCAGAAGAGUGUUGGCUUCUUCCUUCAGUGCAAUGCGGAGUCUGACUCUACGUCCUGGUCAUGUCAUGCUCAAGCCAUGCUCAAAAUCAUCAACUACAAAGAUGAUGAGAAAUCCUUUAGUCGCCGAAUUAGUCACCUUUUCUUCCACAAGGAAAAUGACUGGGGCUUUUCCAACUUCAUGUCAUGGAGUGAUGUGACUGAUGCAGAGCGUGGCUUUGUCGAGGAUGAUAAGGUCACGUUUGAGGUCUACGUUCAAGCCGAUGCACCUCAUGGCGUGGCUUGGGAUUCAAAGAAACACACUGGCUAUGUGGGCUUGAAGAAUCAAGGAGCCACUUGUUACAUGAACAGCUUACUGCAGACUCUCUUCUUCACAAACCAGCUUCGGCGGGCGGUUUAUAUGAUGCCCACCGAGGGAGAUGAUUCCUCAAAAAGUGUUCCCCUUGCCCUGCAGAGGGUUUUCUAUGAGCUCCAGCACAGCGAUAAGCCCGUUGGGACGAAGAAACUGACUAAGUCUUUUGGGUGGGAGACUCUUGACAGUUUCAUGCAGCAUGAUGUACAGGAACUGUGCAGAGUGCUUUUGGAUAACGUUGAGAACAAGAUGAAAGGAACUUGCGUGGAGGGCACGAUCCCAAAACUCUUCCGAGGAAAGAUGGUGUCUUACAUCCAGUGUAAGCAUGUGGACUAUCGGUCAGAAAGAAUAGAGGAUUACUACGACAUCCAGCUCAGCAUAAAAGGAAAGAAAAACAUCUUUGAGUCAUUCAAAGAUUAUGUUGCUGUGGAACAGUUGGAUGGGGAUAAUAAAUACGAUGCAGGGGAGCAUGGUCUACAGGAAGCAGAGAAGGGUGUGAAGUUCCUGACCUUCCCUCCUAUACUACACCUACAGCUCAUGAGGUUCAUGUACGACCCUCAGACCGACCAAAAUAUCAAGAUAAACGACAGGUUUGAAUUCCCAGAACAGUUACCUCUGGAUGAGUUUCUGCAGAAGACAGACGUUAAAGACCCGGCCAACUACAUUCUCCAUGCUGUGUUGGUGCACAGCGGAGACAACCACGGGGGCCACUACGUCGUCUACCUUAAUCCAAAAGGAGACGGCAAAGUGAGUGUCACCGCACCAAUAUGGUGUAAAUUCGACGAUGACGUUGUUUCGCGGUGCACUAAAGAAGAGGCCAUCGAACACAAUUACGGUGGUCAUGAUGACGACUUGUCAGUGCGUCACUGUACCAAUGCAUACAUGUUGGUGUACAUCAGAGAAUCCAAGCUCGGUGAGGUCCUGCUGCCUGUCACAGACUUGGACAUCCCUCAGCAGCUGGUGGAGCGGCUGCAGGAGGAGAAGAGGGUGGAGGCGCAGAAGAGAAAAGAGAGGCAGGAAGCUCACCUUUACAUGCAAGUUCAGAUGGUGACAGAAGACCAGUUCUGUGGACACCAGGGCAAUGACAUGUAUGAUGAAGAGAAAGUAAAAUACACAGUGUUCAAAGUUCUGAAAAGCUCCACUCUGGCUGAGUUUGUUCAGAACCUCUCACAGACUAUGGGAUUCCCACAAGACCAGAUGAGACUCUGGCCAAUGCAGGCCAGAAGCAACGGCACUAAACGGCCAGCCAUGUUGGAUUAUGAAGCCGAUUGCAACAAGUCUAUGAUUGACUUGAGUGAUAACGAGAACCCAUGGACAAUAUUUCUGGAAACGGUAGAUCCAGAAAUGGCCGCCAGUGGUGCAACGUUACCCAAGUUCGACAAAGACCAUGAUGUUAUGUUGUUCUUGAAGAUGUAUGAUCCCAAAACCAGAAGCUUAAAUUAUUGUGGACAUAUCUACACGCCUAUAUCUUGUAAAAUACGAGACUUGCUGACCGUUAUGUGUGAAAGAGCAGGGUUUCAGCAGGGAACUAGCCUUAUCCUCUAUGAGGAAGUUAAACCGAAUUUAACAGAGCGAAUACAAGACUAUGAUGUCUCCCUGGACAAAGCUUUGGAUGAGCUGAUGGAUGGAGACAUAAUCGUUUUCCAGAAGGACGAUCCUGAAAAUGACACCAGUGAGCUGCCGACUGCAAAAGACUACUUUAGAGACUUGUACCACCGUGUGGAUGUCAUCUUCUGUGACAAGACCAUUCACAACGACCCAGGCUUUGUUGUGACUCUGUCAAACCGAAUGAACUACUUCCAGGUGGCAAAGACUGUUGCACAAAGGUUAAACACUGACCCCAUGCUCCUACAGUUCUUCAAGUCACAGGGGUAUAGAGAUGGCCCAGGCAACCCACUCAGGCACAACUAUGAAGGGACUCUCAGAGACCUGCUUCAGUUUUUUAAGCCCCGGCAGCCUAAGAAGCUCUACUACCAGCAGCUCAAGAUGAAGAUUACAGACUUUGAAAACAGGAGGAGUUUCAAAGCCAUAUGGCUCAACAGUAUGUUUCGAGAGGAGGAAAUCACACUAUACCCUGACAAGCAUGGCUGUGUUCGAGACCUUUUGGAAGAAUGUAAAAAGGCAGUGGAGCUUUCUGACAAGGGCUCAGAGAAGCUGAGGCUGUUAGAAAUUGUCAGCUACAAAAUUAUUGGGGUUCACCAAGAAGAUGAAUUGCUAGAAUGUUUAUCUCCGGCAGCCAGUCGAACAUUCAGAAUAGAGGAAAUCCCUCUCGACCAGGUGGACUUGGACAAGGAGAAUGAAAUGCUGAUUCCAGUUGCACAUUUCCACAAGGAAGUCUUUGGGACAUUCGGAAUUCCCUUUUUGCUCAAGAUUCGUCAGGGGGAACCUUUCAGAGAAGUGAUGAAGAGAAUUCAGAGCAUGCUUGACAUUCAGGAGAAGGAGUUUGAGAAGUUCAAGUUUGCAAUAGUAAUGAUGGGCCGGCAUCAGUAUAUCAAUGAGGAAGACUACGAGGUGAAUCUGAAAGACUUUGAGCCACAGCCAGGAAACAUGUCUCACCCGAGGCCUUGGUUAGGGCUCGACCACUUCAACAAAGCUCCAAAGAGAGGUCGCUACACAUACCUGGAAAAAGCUAUCAAGAUUCACAACUGACGAGCCCUGCUCUAACUGACCAUACUAAAGACUUUAACCAAACCUCUUGUGUGCACCACUUUUAACACCUGCUGUCUGGGUACACAGGCACCAUGUAUGAAGU